UAGAUCUUCAGUCCAUUUCGAGACGUGAUUCCAGUAAGUGUCCGAAACGUCGAGGCAAGCCGAGAAGAGCCACCGUCCCAUCUCUGGAUUCUUAUUUAUUCGCGUAUUUCUUAAGCCAAUGCGAAGAUGCGGUCACCUCCAAUCGGUGUCUUCAUAGGUAUCUUGGCGGUGUUCACGCUCGAGCAGUCAGCUGCCCGGAGGACUCGUGGUUUGGCGCGUUUACCUGUGCCGACCAGCGAGACCAUACCCUACGUGGCGGAAGUGAUGGGUGCUGCCAGCUACGAGGAGACCGUUGAGGAUGAUGUCCGUUCCAAUGUAAAGAGGGUUCAGAGGAAGCUCACCGACCCAGGACAAAUUGACAAAGACUUAGACCCGGAACAGCAGGAAUUCACCGAAUACCAAGGCGUAAUGGGAAGACCAGGAGUAGAUUUCCCCGUCCUACCUUCGAUUCCGAGAACAGACUUCAGCUGCAGAAAGGUGAAGAGUUCAGGUUACUACGCUGACCUACAGACCGGAUGUCAAGUUUUCCAUAUAUGCGACGGAGGAAGGAAAAUAUCGUUUUUGUGCCCGAACGGGACUAUUUUCAGACAGAGUCAUCUCAUCUGCGACUGGUGGUUUAGAGUGGACUGCGAGAGAUCGGAGGAGCUGUACGAAGAGAGCGCAGAGCAAUUGGCCCACGACCAGAUGAUUUACAAAAAGCGUGCUGAGGAAAUCGCAAAAGCUAUGGCGAGCAAGUCAGAUGACGUUUCUACAACGGAGCGCGUUUCGAAUUUCAGGCCUAACAGGAGGAAGCAGAAGACUCAGAACUUCAACAGCUUCAACAACGAAGAUAACCAGGGCCAGAAUUACAGCCCGCAGGCCUCGUUCAACCAAGAACAGACUUAUAACAACAAUCAAAGGAACUUUCAAAACAACCAACUACAACAAGAAAAAGAACGUCAAGUUUUAGCUGAGUCGGCUUCUUUCGCCAGCAACAGGCAUCGUUUCGGAAAUCAGUUCAACCAGAACUACUAUCAGAACCAAAAUAACCGUUUUCAAUCUACGACCCAGCCUCCGGUCAAAUCGCAACCAGGCCAUGGAAACUUCUCACCUCAGAGGCAGAAGGCUGAUGCGACACCUGUACAAUCCAACUUGAAUAGAGGCAAUUUUAAUUACAACAGUUUUAACAACUUCGAGCAAAAGCAAUUCCAAAGCCCUGAUCAGCCUCAACAUCAGACACAGGCUCAUCAGAACAACUAUAACCAAAAUCAGUAUCAAUCUUCAAAACUUCCUCAAUAUCAGACUCCCCCAAUUACGCAGUAUCAGACUACGGCGACUCCUCACUAUCAGACUACAACGACUCCUCAGUAUCAGUCUACCGCGACUCCUCAGUAUCAGACCACAGCGACUCCUCAGUAUCGGACUACGGCGACUCCUCGGUAUCAGACAACAACUACACCACAGUAUCAAUCUUCAGCGAAUUCCCAAUACCACCAGGACUUUCGACAGCAAAACUACUUCAACGCUAAUCAUCAAUUCCCGCCUUCCGAAAAGCAGACUUAUAAGACACAAGAGAACCAAUUAGCACAGCAUCGGUUCCAUAUUAAUGCUCAGACAGAGACUCAAUCCAAUGUUGGUGUGAAUUCUUAUAGUACAUCGCAACAAACUUCACAGUCUACCACUGAAUCAUUGCUGGUUCAUAGUCAGUCGAUCAGCGAGUUUAACAAUCUUCAACCUACCAACAGACCUAAUGUAUCGACUGCUUCGCAACCGGUUUUUAACGUCAAAGUCAAGUCGAACAAAGAGUUUUCUUUCGUGGAACUUCACAGGCAAAACGAACCUUCUUCGACACUUACACCCCUAGAAAUUACCACUUUACCGCCGUAUUCCUUAACGCCUUCGACUUAUUCACCGACUGUGCCGCACAGCAGCACGCAAUUCGCCUACAUUCCGAAUCGGACAACUCCAAGCUCUACCACACACCAAUACGCGACUUUUAACAACUCCGGAACACCUGAAGAAAUUAGACCGGAGGUCGUAAAUUCUCUCAUUGAAACGGGCGUGACUCCGACUUCCGCAAAAGCGUUGCACUCUUUGGCUUCUUAUAUAGGGUCGGAGGAAGUGAACGACGCUUUCGACGGAAAAUCCAGAAAACCCCAAGUCUCGGAUGUCGUGCUGAACUUUCGCUCUGGAAGCACUGAGCCGCCGACCAGACUUAAUUCUACAGAAAAAGACUUACCGUCGGUACUGACGAAGCAAACCAAAGAUUCGUACGAAUAUUUGUUUUCGGACAGUAAAGAGCAAACAGACAAAAAAAAGGACGAUUUGACCGUCAAAGAGAGUGGCUCCAUUUUUGGCGAAAAUCACGUUACUACAGAAGCGACAUCGACCGAAUCGCAAGAAGUCGAGGAAAGUAGUGAAAAUUUAAAACUAAGAGACUCCUCGGAGCUGAGAGAAUUAGCUCAGGUGUUCAGCAGGGCCCUUUCCGCCUAUCUCGAAGAUCCGGAUACGUUCAAAGAGAUUCUGGCUCAAGUGAGACCGACGGAACCGAAUCUGUCCGACAACACGACGCCCUCUCCGGACGACGAGGUACUAGACUUCUCCGACGGUAACGAGAACAGAGUCGGGACCACAGAACCGCCCACCACGACCACAUUCGCAGAAUCCGACGGUCUCAACUUCGGCGAAAUAAAUAAUUUGGCGACCAACAGGCACUUCGAAGACAACUCCUUGGAAAUCUCUUCGCCACAACCGAGCGAUAUACACACAACUGUUUCGACCCCAGAAAAUAGCACAGAUUAUAACAAUAAAUUGGGAUCGGCUGAAGAUCAGAGCUAUUUCCCGACUGCAGGCGGCGUGAGCGACACCACCAGGCCCCGAUACGGUGGCUUCCACAACAACACCCAAAACUCAAAGCAUUAUUCCCCGUACGGUUCCGACCUUCCCAAAAACAUCACAGGAACCCCUCUUUCUAUCACUACCACACCCCUCCCUGUGACCGCAUUCGGUGCAAAAUUGACCAACAUCCCCGAACCUCAAAGCGUGAAUAGUCUCGCAUAUAAUUUAUACACAGCUGGAUUUACCUCCAGCGGGGAAGACACUUACGAAGCUAACAACUCGGGUGAAGAAAAAGUAUUGAUAACCUCCGGAAGUCAGUCACUGGUCUCGAGCGACAACUACAGCAAAUUCGCACAGAAUUUUAAUAAGCAGAACGGGUACAAGGACAUGGCCGACAGCGAUGUCAAAAACGAAGAGUACUUGCCUUAUUUCGGCCAAGAACCCCCUUUUGAAACUUUGGGACAACCGGCGGCAUUCCAGACACAAAGCCCGUACGUAGAAAACCAAACCGAAUAUUUCAGUUCGUCCACGAAAGACAGUGAGUACAAGGUGUCCUUUAAAGACGUCAAUCUCGGAAACGGGGUCACCCUGGAGAAAGAUAUCACCGUAACGACAGUGGACAGUUCUACAACCUACACGAAUGUGGAUUCGACGACCCGUUUCGACUCUACGACUGCGACAUAUACUCCGACCACCUAUCAUCCGCAUCCGGAGCCGACAUUCGAACCCACCGCGACUACACAAGAAACGGCCGAGGCGUUCACGACCAUGAAGCCCGACCAUCCGGAGUACAACAACUACAUGGAAUCCAAGGCGAAGGAGAUGUUCGGCAUGCUCAACGAAACGGCCGCGGGGGCUCUCAUGGAGAUGAUGAACAAGGCCGAGUCGAACAUAACCAUCAGAAGGCUCGUCCUCUUACUCGUCUCGGACAAAAGCAGGGAGAAUAAAACGGCAGCGGAGUCGAGGCACAGUCUGAUCAACGCUCUCCUCACCGAGACCGCAACCGAUACAACGACGCCGCUUCCUCCCACGACAACUCUUCUCCCUUCUACGACCACGCCCAAGAGGAAAACGUCCAAAACGAGGGGCAACACGAGAACGGGCAAAUCCUACAGGGGCACCGACACGUACACGGGCAAUCACGGCGUCUCGGUGGAGCUCAACAACCAACUGGACACAGCCAAACUUUACAUCCCGAUGACGACCCGCUCGACGACGGAGGGAAAACUCCCUUACGACUCGGACGCCAGGGCUGUCGAACUCCUCAAAACUCUUUACAACCUCGCUGCCAAAUGGGGUUAAGGACUUUUCAUCUACUCUAAACCUUUUUCUUUCCAAUUCGAAACGAACCCCACGAUCGAUGAUACUUCCAAAAUUACAGAUUCUUCUUAUUAGAAUUUUUUUUACCACAGUAAAAAAACGAAGUAUUCUUGAUCGUUGUCGGUUUGAUACGGGCGAAAGCGGUUUGACGAAAAUCCGCCCCAUUUAAAAUCAACAUCACUAAAAAGUAAUUUAAUUAUAAAAAAUUGUGUAAAUGUUCCUUCUAUGAGUGUAAUAUAAAUUUAUAUAAUUAAAAGCCCAAAUAAAUUAUAUGUUGAUUAAAAUUUGUAUUAUAACAAUUUUGUCGUUAUGCAGGUACUUUAAAAAAAAUAGAGGUGUAUAGAGUUAAUAUAUUGACAUGUCUUUAAAUGGCUUCAUUUUCAUUUGAUAUUCCCACAAACUGUGAACCACGUUCAAGUCCGUGAGGCCUUCAUAAAGCCUACAGUUUUCAAGUAUCUUAAAUAUUUAAUUUUUUAUAUACAAUCCUCUUUUUAGUUUGUACAAUAAUUGUUAUUGACCGGGUAAUAACCAUUCCCCGCUUUCCAGGAAGGAAUGAACAUGGAGUACCCUACCGUCCAAUUAUAUUUUGUAUUAAUUUUUAUAUGUUAGUAGUAAAAAAGUUGCCAUUUUCUAUUGUGAAUGAGUGUUUAUAAAGUACGAGUUUUAUUGUGUUGUAAGAUGUUAUUAUUUUGCUAAGUUAAUAAAUAUGUAUAUAAAUA